AUGCAGUUCACUACCGCCUUUGUCGCCGCCGUCGCCGCCCUCUCCACCAUGGCCCUUGCCGCCCCCAUCGAGUCCCGAGCCGAUGCCCACUCUGGAGUGGCCACCUACUUCUACCAGAACGGUAACCCCGGAUCCUGCGGUAACUACAACUCCGACGACGCCUGGAUCGUCGCCGUCUCUCAGGAGCACCACGACUCUUCCAACUGUGGCAAGACCAUCACCAUUGAGUACAACGGUGUCCAGAAGGUCGCCACCAUUGCCGACACCUGCCCCGGCUGCGGCUUCUACGACCUGGACCUCAGCUCCGGUCUCUUCGGCUCCUUUGCCGACCACUCUCUUGGUGAGCUCAACAUCAAGUGGUGGGCCAACUGGUAA